AUGACAUCACAAUGGGCGCGUAGAAGGGCGGGAACACUUGUCGUAUGAAUACUUCGUUUGUUUACUUUAUUUUCCGAGAUUUUUCAUGUUGUAGUUCAUUUAUUUUGAUCGUUUGCUAUCCAGUAGUAUCUUAUAACAAAAGUUACCAAGUUGUGCGUGGAACAAAUUUGGACUGAAAUUGUUGUAUUUGUGUUUGUUGUUUGUAGGUUAUAUUAUUUUCGUCCCAAAUAUCCCAAAAAAAGAUACCAAAAAAAAUUCCCGCUUGAACAAACCCACCGAUUUGAAAUGGUUAAUGUGCUAUUUUCUUUUUCGCGCCGUGUCCGCGCCAGCUAGAUGAAAGGAUUAUUUUCCAUAAGAAAAGUUUCUGCUUCCCGCCUAUUUAGGGAUUUCUUAUCAGAAAGUGAGGUGUAGGAGAGCUUAGGUUUUUUCAACUUUCUGCCCGCGAAUUGCUCGAUUUCAACAUGGUCUUACCGGAUGGAGAAGACGAACUGAACAAGAAACUGUUAGAUUUGUGCAAUAAGUUGUCUUUAGAUCCUAGAACUACCACGGUUGCUUGGGAAAAGUUUUCUGAUAUCAAUAAAAACUUUGUGCUAGAGGGUGAGUCCAUACAUUGGCUAGGAUGUGCAGUCUUUGUUGCUUCCCAGUCUGUUGAAACUCCCACUCUACUGUCCACCGUCGUGAGAGGCAACUGCAUUAACUUAACAAGUCUUCUCAGAUACAGUAACUUGAGUUUCGUUCAGUUUUUCAACAACAUUAGGAAGUGGUCAGAAAUGUCCCCCUUGAACAAUGAUUUGAAGGAAAAAAUAAAACAUCUUGAAGAUACGUUUGGAGUAGCACAUAACACCUUCAAGGAAUACUACCCACUAUUCUCUAGGAUUUUUUUGCCUCCUACUUCUCAGGACUUGGAUCAGUCUAAACAUCGAAAUAGAAAACAAAGGCCAGUAUCAUGUAACACAUCAAAAGUGUUUGAAUUCCUUUGGAACUUAUUCAUCACCCUGAAAGGUGAGGAUUCCCAGUACAGCUCAGAAUUGAUAAAAUCCUACCAUUUAUUAUACGCAUGUUUGGACUUGGCAUUCAAAAAUGCUUUCCUGACUGAAAGACGUGACCUGUUGAACCCACAGUUUGAGGGAUUACCUUCUAAUUGGAACCAGCCUGAUUUCGUUGUGCCUUCUGAAGCUCCAUGCAUUAUCAGCUAUCUUUGUAAGUCUCCCUCGAUGUUGACGGACGCCCUGCAUAUGAAAACGUAUGAUAUGAAGACAUUGAUGUCAACUUUGGUUCUGACAGAGACAGUUUUGGCAGACCGAUCAACUUUUAUUGGGUUUUUGAACAGGGACGUUUUUGAACAGAACUUCAAGAAUAUUACUAACACCUAUGAAACGCGGUUGUUGAGCAAAGCUGAGGUCGAUGAGAGAAUUUUUUUAGCUGAAUAUCGGAGGCAGUUGUUAGAGCAUCAACAGAUGAAUUGUUUUGCUCAAGGGGCCAGAGCAUCACCGUUUCGUGAAACAGGUGAAAACACAGUUUUGGCAUCUCCAAGAAAUAAUGAAGCAGUGGCUACACCAAGGGGAUCAGAUGUUUUCGAUACUCCUCUUACUGGUAGGCAAUAUCUAGGCCCUAGAGAGGCAGACGUAUCACCUUUCCAAACAGACAGGAAUACCAACCAGAAAAUCACACGCCUGCAAGCCAUUCUGAAUAACAGAUCUCCCUGUCCAAGCGAAACUUUGAAGCAAUUGUUCGAGUCAACUCAAACAGAUCCCAGCCAAAAAAUUCAAGAGAUUCUCACCUCUCUGGGGGACAAAUUCGUAGCAGCUUAUGCGGGACAAAAUGGCGAAGAAGAAGCGAAGAGUAGAUUGCAAAUGGGCAUUACAUUAUUUUAUAAGUUUGUAGAGAAUAUUUUGCAGAACGAGAAAACAAUGCGAGCAGAUAUUUCAGCUUUGGUGGAAAAAGGACUUUUCUACGAAUGUAUGUUUACCUGUUGCUUGGAGAUCGUUUUGUUUUGUUACAAUUCUCCAAAUAAAUUCCCUUGGCUUCUAGAUGUCUUCGAUGUGCAGCCUUUUCAUUUCGUUAAAGUUAUAGAAUUGAUAGUGCGAACAAGAGAUCAGUUAUGGAGGGAGAUGGUUAAAUAUUUGAAUAAGAUCGAAGAAACUGUAUUGGAGAGUUUGGUAUGGAAAUCCAACAGUCGAAUUUGGGAAAUGAUUGCUAAUUCCGGUCAAGACAUUCCCAAGUUUUCUGAUACCGCUUUACCAGGGCAUCUGCUUUACAACGAUCAGAACCAAAGUACCGAAUCUCCAACUCCAUCUGCCACUGAUCGUUUCCAAUCUCCUGUUAGCGGAGCAGUGAGCAGACAACUAUUUUCAUCUAUUCAACCAGGACAGUCUGUACUACAGAGGCAUACACACAUCAUGAUUACAGACAGAGAGGGGAACAAAAAAUUGAUUCCCAUCGUAGAUUCCACGUCGCAGUUGCCAAAACGAACUGGAAGUUUGUCGAUUAUUUUCAGAAAGUUUUAUAACUUGGCCGGUGUCAGAAUGGAGCACCUGUGCAACAAACUCGGCCUCGUCGACAUUGAACUGAAACGCAAAAUAUGGACCGUUUUUGAAGACUCUGUUCGGAACAGCGAUCUUAUCAAAGACAGGCACCUGGACCAGCUGUUGAUGUGCGCCAUUUACGUCAUUUGCAGGAUAUCUUCAAUAUCGCUCAAAUUCCAGGACAUCAUGAAGUUCUAUAGAGAACAACCUCAGAGCAGUAGUAGUGUAUAUCGGGAUGUAUUGUUGAAAAGAGAAGGAACAGAUGACAAUGGACCACAUCCAGAAGAACGAAGUGACCUCAUUUACUUCUAUAACUCCAAAUAUGUUGAAGUGAUGCAGAAGUUUGCUAUCCGGUUUAGGAGUUCCUCACAAAGUGCCAAUUUGCUAUUAAGUCCUCUUCCAGCUAUAAAAAGGGAUCUGGUCUCUCCUAGCAUUCAAGUCGUCAGCAACGUUUAUGUAAGGCCUUUAGAAAAUUCCGCUGCCGCCACUGGUGGAUCUUUCAAUUAUUUCUUCAGCCGUAGCCCAUCUAAGGACUUGAAAGAUAUUAACAAACUCGUGAACAGCAACAAUAGAGUAGUCGGCAAAAGAUUACUGACAGAGAAUGAUCUGGAUUCGAAUAUCAUGCCCCCCAGUAAAAGAAUUUCAAACAGAAAAUUGCAGUCUCUCGUCGAAGAACGCAGAAGUCAAAACACUGAAUGAGCUCCUUCUCAGUAACACAAUGUUGAUAUAUUUGAUUAUCAAUCAUUGGGUUAUUCGGAUCGAUUGAAAGAUAGACAAUAUCUCAAUAUUUUAUCGAGUUGGUCUAUACUCAUAUUGGUAUUUUGGCAAUCAGAAAAAAUAUUUCACUGCAAUUUUAGGUAUGCUUGCUCAUUAAUAGAAAGGUGGAUAAAAAUGUGGAUGGAUGUUCUCGCCCUGAUUACGAAAGUGCAAGAAAAAUAUUUUUAACAGAGGUAUUAUUCAAUCAAGCUAUUAUGUAACAUUUGGUAUGGUAUAUUUUCUUGUUCAAUUGCAAUACUGGUCGAUAAUGCCAUGAUGUUAUAUUUUUAUAUUUGGUAUCAGGUGAGAGAUUACCUUUGAUAUUUUCUUAAUUUUUCUGAUCUUUGGAAACGGUUAUUAUUGCUUAAAUUAAUAAUAGAUUUUGAACCUUGAAUGGGCUAAUGGAUGAAGUUGCAAAUCAUGAAUCAAAAUAUUCAGAAGAGUAUUUUAUGUAAUUUUUUGUAAUUUUCUGAUACUUGAUGAAAAUUCAAAAAGCAUUCAAGUAACAGUGAUAUUUUCACUGGACAGUUACAAAAUCGCAACACGUGUUUCAGUAAACAAUAUCUUUUGGAAUGGAAUUAAUCGAUUUAAGU